AAUCACCACCAACAACAAGUACUACUAGUCUCAUCUCCGUAUUAAUCUUUCCAAAGCUACUGUUUUGAUCAGUCAUGGCUGUCAAAUCAGUCAUAUUGUUACCCUUUCUUCUCUUCCUUCUUCUGCAACUUAACAUUGAAUCAGUGACAGCAUCAAGGAAGCCACACGAAAACCCUCCAUCGAUAUCGGCUAUCACUAACUCUGACUCGUUAACAAGCAGCCGGCCGCCACAAUCUUCCCCUCAGGUGCAAGGUUGUACCUCCUGUCAUCCAAGUGAUCAUACCACUUGUGUGAGACGUAAGACACCACCUUCAGGUCAUACUCCCGAUAUGCCUUGUGGCACAUGCAACAACACAUGCAAGUGCGUGAACAGUACUGGGCAAUAAUAAUUCUGGCCGAAGAGAAGGAUGUUUAGAGAUUUUGGGAAUGGAUAUGGUUAUGUGUGUGUUCCUUUUACCUUUUUAUUUCCAUAUAUUGCUGCUGAUGGUGUGUUGUUAAAAUGUGUUAGGAAGUAUGGAAGUGAAUGUCUCUUCAUAAUAUGUUAUGGAUUUCCUGCGAUAAUAGUUUAUAUAGAAAAUAGUAAUCUUUACAAGUUA